AUGUCAGCAAAUAGACCUUCUCGUCACCAUGGCUUUCGUAAUCACACUGCUGCUGAUCAAGAUCGUUUAAAACCUGAUAGAAAAUUAACUUUUAAUGAUGACGAUGAAGGUGGAUUUGUUAAUAUAAAUAGAAACCCUACAAUAGAGGACAUACCUACACCGACAGCUUCUUUCAUUUUACAAACAGAUGCUUCAACUCCACAACCAUCAGAAACUGAAACAGAUUCAAAUUUAUUAAGACCACUACAAUAUCAUCUAAACACAACUCCUAAAGCACCUUCAUUACUUCGUGAAUCUUCUCUCACAUCUGGUGGCAUGUCAACACCCGGCGGUGAUACUCUUACCAUAAACAAUAACGACACUCCAAAUGAGCUAGAAUUGUAUACUGAUAAUAAUAGCCCAGAAGAAAUAAUGGAGCUGGAUAUGAAUGAUGACGAGGAUCAAUUGAUUCACCAUUCUAAAGAACAGAUCGAGGGAUCUUCUAUUAACAUUAAUGAUAUUGCAAAAAGAAGAUCUAGUAAAAGUGAAUUUAGUGAUAAACCUGGUAUCGAAACAUCUAACAAUAAGAAGCAUAGUAGAAGAAGUGGUUUUGCCGAUAUUGAUGAAAAUGAUGAUGAGAUUGAUGAAAAUAUUGAAGAACAACAAAAUCAAGAGUAUGAUGAAUAUGACGAUGAUCAAUUUGAAGAUUAUAGAAAUGUUGAAUAUGCGAAUCAAACAAGUGAAUUUAGAAGAAGAUCUGUUUCGAGUCAAUUCACAGAGCAAACCAAUAAUAAUUUAUACACAACUCAAGUGACAGCCUACAUAGAUCAGAGUAAUGAUUUAUUAUCAACAAAAACAGUUGAAGUUGAGGAUGGUGAAGUUGAGGAUGAUUAUAAUUUAUGA